UGCUACCAAAUUCGUGCUUGCGUUCCGAGGCAACCAGUGCCGUUUGUCCAUGUACUUGCUGCUCAGCAAGUGCCCUACCGGCCAAGCGGGGCGGAGGGAGGAGAGGAAAGCAAGCCGAGGAGGAGGAUUCAAGACACUCGUGCCUGCCUGCUGCACAUCCACCAGAGGCAAGGUCACUCAUGCGGAGAAGGAAAAAAAAAGAGAGAAAGGGCCGAAAAUUAUUAAAUCCUCAUACGGAACACGCCACGCACGCACAUGGGCGCUCCUCGCCUCUUCCCAUCCACUACACAUGCCAUUCGUCCCGCCGCGGAUAUUGUCACGCCAAUAUAACUGUGAUGCUCGAUAUUAACCCUGAUUUAGAGGCGCACGCAAAACUCGCGAAUCGAGACCGGCCUGAUCAACGAAACUCAUUCCUGGGAGCUUGUAUAUGCAUGCCAAGGAGGACAUAGCCGCAGACAACAGUCCUUCAUCAGCCUCUCCGAGAGGGAAGCAGGAACAGCCACCAUCAAUUACCGGCUGUCUCGAUCUCGGGCGGGUUCAGCACAUCCUUUGCUCCUCUUUUGGCCCCGUCUGGCUCCCUCCGAGCCCAUCUGAGGAGGGGAAAGAGUGGUAGUUUGACGGUAGAGGUGAUUUGCCUACGAGCAUAUCUGUGGUAAACGAGCCUCGAGAACCGUGGCGCCUUGGGAAUCUCAGGAGAGACAAGAGGGAAGCCGACCCCCCGAUCAAAUCGAGGACAUAGCGCAGCCGGGCUAGAAGGACACUCGAACCUGCGAAGACUGCCGAGACGAGAAGGGAGACCGCCUGGCGCCAACCAGGAUACACAGAGCAAACCGCUCGCUCCUGCCCAAUCCCCAACAACAGACAACAACUCGACGGCCAUCCUACGGCAUCCAUCACUCAGCCGCUAGCGAUUGGCAGCUUUGGAACCUGGAUAGCCCUCCAUCUAACCGUUCGGGUCCCCCAAAGGCCGAGAGGAGACGGGAAGACGACGGCGGAAAAGCUAGCGAGGAGAGCACGACCGAUCUCCUGGCCCGACUGUCUCUGGGCGUGCGAGAUCUUGUCAAGGAAACAGUGGUGAAGGCCCCGAUCGUCGUUCCGGAUCCACGUCAAGCUCAGGCCCUAGGGUAAUCAGUUUUUCUGAAGCGGACACACGGACAGCUGGUACCAAGAUGCUGUCCAACCCUCUCCACCGCUUCUCUCCUUACCAUGCCUUGCCGUCCAACACGCUCAUGUCCAACGGGCACAUGUCCCAAGGUCAUAUGCACACGGCAGGGCUAGACACCUUGGCACAAGGUUCGCAUUAUGCUCUGCAGCAGCUUCAACAACAUGUUGGGGUUCACAACCCUCACCUCGCCCGGGCAGGUCCCCAGAUGAAGCAUCAUCGCCAGCACCCCUACGGCCACGCUGCGCGGGCGACGGGAGCUGCCGGCCCCAUCCGCAGGAGGAUCAGCAGGGCAUGUGACCAGUGCAACCAGCUCAGGACCAAGUGCGAUGGACAACACCCCUGCGCUCAUUGUAUAGAAUUCGGUCUCGGGUGCGAGUACAUCCGGGAGCGGAAGAAGCGUGGAAAGGCAUCACGAAAGGACCUGGCACAGGCGGCUGCGGCUGCGGCUGCAGCGCAGAGCGGACAAAAGUCACCAACCAGCAGUGUGGAAAACCUCAAAGAUGAGCAGAGAAUGGAAGGGGAGAGCAGCAAUGGCACCUCGGUUGGCGACCAUCACAAUGACAACAACGACAAGGAGCUCGAGGCGGACGGAAUCCAGCGGAGCCAGCGCAUCGGCAGCAUAGACAGCCUCGACGGCCUGGGCAGCGGCCCAGCACACAUUGGAGGCCACCAGCAACCACACCACUCGCUCGAAAGGGAACACCACCAUGGUCUAGAAAGCCCAACUGCGCUCGACCUCAACGGCUACGGCAGCAUGCACGGCGCCUAUGAUCGACCGGGCGGCAUGAGCGCAGCGCACAUGAUGGCCGGGACGGCGGGGCACGGAGGCUUCGCCAGCCAUAGUGGCAUGUCGAGCUAUCCAGAGCUACCGUACUCGCUGCAGACGCAGAGCCCAACCAGCUACUCGGGCGGUGGUGCAUCAUAUCGGAUCGGAACCAGCCCUCUGAGUGCCUACCCCCUCUCGGGCGAGACGGCAUCGCCAGGAUGGGGCAUGUCUAUGUCCUCGCCGCCGGCAACGCACGCGACGCAGUACCCACCGCAGCAACAGCAUGUGUCACCACAGGGCGCCGGCUACGGAGCGAGCGGCAAUGCAGCGGCCGGGCUUGGUUCGGGCCACGGGCAGCACUUGCGGUACCCCGUGCUCGGGCCGCUAGUCCCACACCUGGGAAACAUCAUUCCCCUCUCACUGGCCUGCGAUCUCGUCGAUCUUUACUUUGCCAGCUCCUCGUCGGCCCAGGUUCACCCCAUGUCGCCGUACGUUCUCGGGUUUGUCUUCCGCAAGCGCUCCUUCCUGCAUCCGAGCAGGCCACGGCUUUGCCAGCCGGCCUUGCUCGCCAGCAUCCUAUGGGUCGCCGCGCAGACGAGCGACGCGCCGUUCCUGACCAGUGUCCCGUCGGCGCGCGGCAAGAUCUGCCAGAAGCUGCUCGAGCUGACUGUCAGCCUGCUCAAGCCCCUGAUCCACACGCCCUCGGGCGACGUGUCCCCGGUCUCGAGUCCCGUCAUUGACGGCGUCGCCCUCGGCGGGCUGGGCGUCGCCAUGCCCGGCUCCGUCAGCAUCAGCAUGGAGGCCCUGACGGGCGAAACGGGAGCCUUUGGCGCUGCCGGUACUCUCGACGACGUAGUCACCUACAUCCACCUUGCCACCGUCGUCUCUGCGAGCGAAUACAAGGGCGCUAGUCUACGCUGGUGGAACGCAGCCUGGUCCUUGGCCCGUGAGCUCAAGCUGGGUCGAGAACUUCCCCAGAAUGCACCGUCACCCAUGUCUGACGGAGGCGAUCACCACAACCCACAUCAUCACCAUCACCACCACCACCACCACCACCAUCACGAGAAUACAGGCGAAGAGGGCGGCGUGAGCAGCGCUGUUGGCGGCCCCGGUGGUGUCAUCACGGAUGAAGAGCGCGAGGAGCGCAGGCGCAUCUGGUGGCUCGUCUACAUUGUGGACCGACACCUGGCCCUGUGCUAUAACCGGCCCCUAUUCCUUCUCGAUAUCGAGUGCGACGGCUUGCUACAGCCCAUGGACGACACCGAGUACCAGAACGGCGAGUUCCGCCCCAACGAGAAUACCGACCCAGAAAUGCUCAGGGAGGACGGGUCGCAGCAACAGCAAAACCAACAGGAACAGCAAGUUCGCGCCCGAGGACCUUCCUUCGAAUGCACAGGCCACGGCAUCUUUGGCUAUUUCCUGCCACUCAUGACGAUUCUGGGCGAGAUCGUGGACUUGAACCACGCCCGCAACCACCCACGUUUCGGUGUCAACUUCCGCUCCGGCGGCGGCUGGGACGAGCAGACGGCCGAGGUCACCCGCCACCUCGGCAUCUACGAGCAAAGCCUCAGCCGCUUCGAGCAACGCCACCUCAGCGCUGCGGCUCAGGCACAAGCACAAGCCGCUGACGCCGCCAAGGCACAAGCCGCCGCCGCCGCCGUUGCUGCUGCUGCCCAGGCCGCCGAGGACUCGGCUGCCGUCGGCGGUGUUGGCGACAGCAUCAGCGUGUGCGGCAGUGGCGGGCCGAACGACAUCGGCACACCAUCAGCCCUGUCGGUGCAUAGCGUGCACUCGACAUCGCAGCCCCAGCCCCAGCAGCAGCACCACCCGCGACUGACCGAAUCCGACGUCCAAACGCGCAUUGUCAUGGCAUAUGGCACGCAUGUCAUGCACGUGCUGCACGUACUGCUCUCGGGCAAAUGGGACCCCAUCAAUCUACUGGACGACAACGAUCUAUGGAUCAGCUCGCAGGGCUUUUUCAACGCCACGGGCCACGCCGUCGAGGCUGCCGAAGCCAUCGGCAACAUCCUCGAGUUUGACCCUGGCCUCGAGUUCAUGCCUUUCUUCUUUGGAAUCUACCUGCUGCAGGGGUCUUUUCUGCUCCUUCUCAUCGCCGACAAGCUCCAGAGCGAGGCGAAUCCCAGUGUCGUCAAGGCCUGCGAGACCAUAAUACGCGCUCACGAGGCUUGUGUGGUAACUCUCAACACCGAGUACCAGCGUAAUUUCAGCAAAGUGAUGCGCAGUGCGCUGGCCCAAGUCCGCGGGCGUGUGCCAGAGGACCUCGGCGAGCAGCACCAGCGCCGCCGCGAGCUUCUAGCCCUCUAUCGAUGGACAGGCGACGGCACAGGGUUGGCUCUUUGAAGCAAAAAAGAAAAGAAAAAAGAUAUCAACAAUGGACCUUAGUCAAACAUAGACGCAACUCCAUCUAAUCAGCAUGUCGGAUACGAAUCACCCCUUGGACUUGGAAUGCUUUGAUUUUCCUCUUUUUUUCCCUAACACUUAUGCAAAUGGAGUUUUUUACGCGUUGGCCUCGGCUGGAUUUGGUUCCUCAACUUCAUUUGCUUUUCCUUGUCUCUUUCGGUUUGGGGGUUGGUGUCACAAAGAAAGGCUUACCGAAAACUGGCAAUCUUCUGGGAGAGGGAAAAAAAGGAUGGGAAAGCCGGACUUCGUGGGGGCGGCUGGGUUUGUUAUUACUGGGGGCUGAGGCCUACGGACGAAGUCAACUUGUAUGAUGUCCAAGGAGGAAUGAGAUAUGUUGGAAUGUACUUUACCUUGUA